AUGGCACGCAAAAGCAGAAAUUUCAACGGAUGUUGGACUUGUAGGUCGAGAAAAGUGAAAUGUGAUUUAAGGCGACCUAAUUGUAUGCGUUGUGAGAAGUCUGGACUUGAUUGUGCUGGAUAUGACAUCAAAUUGGGGUGGUCCAACCCUCUAACGAUUUCAGAUUUAGACAAUUCUUUGAUAGCGAUGGAUAUAGAAGACGAGAAGACAGACACCUUCCAGAGACGUAAUGUUGAAUUGGUGCAAUUUCCAAGGUCUAUGAAAUAUCAGACUUAUCGAGAAUUGAACCGAAAUUUGGAGAUUCUAGACAACUGUCCCUUGGAGCUCCACAAAUUUAAGUUUCGCGUGGGACCUUUCAGCGUAUACAAAAUCGAUGAAAACGGUCUGCAACUUCAGUUUUUCUACAAAGGAACCCCAGAGCCUAGAACAUCUAAUGUUAGAAGACAACCAUCUACAGCCGAAGAACAUACUGAAUCGUAUGAUGAAAAGUCUCCUCCUGCUCAGAAGACGAGAAAUUAUGACCUUAAUCAUGAGUUGAUAUUCUCCAAGACUAAUAACUCUUGGGUUCAUUUUGAAUUGCUAGACUACGCAAAGUUAACUAUUCUUGCGAUUAAGGGCGCCGAGCACAAAUUCAACGAGCAGAAUAUGCUCCAUAUCUUAUAUCCCAAAUUUUUUGCCAAUAUCGAAUCAGACGACUGGCUUGUAGAUUCAGAUAAAGUUAAGAAAGACUUAUUCGUGGUAGAUACAACAGGACAGUUCACAGUGAAACCGCAUUUGCAAAAUUUGAUGAAAAACUUCACAUCAGAUAUUUUCUCAUUUAAUCGUAUCUACUACGAAAACAACUACUUCGAUACCCUUGUGAUUCCAUAUUUAAACAACAUCCUCUUUGAGUUCUUUUGUAAAGAUUUGGCUAGUUGGAGUGCUAACAAUAUGCAUACAGAACAGUAUAACGAGGAAGACUUUACUGUAGAAAAACUAAAGCAGAGCAUUAAGUUGGCAAUUGUUUAUUUGGUUCUAAGCUUAUCCGCGUUCAAGAUGUCAAGAGAAACCUCAGACAAUGUGGUCAACGAUGAUGAUGCAUAUUAUGUAGACAACUAUCUCAAGUUGAGUAUAGACGUCAGAAAAAUGGCCACUUCCAUCAUCAACUUCCACUUGGACGAAUAUGAUAGCCAUAGCGAGAGACUAGAGCAGUCGUUGGAGUACGAGAAUUUGUUGUUGUUGGCAUUUCUACUUCAAAUUGAAGUGGACAACUUCUUCAGUGUCUACGAGAAUUUGGAGUUGAUAUUCGCAAUCGGUGAUUAUAUUAUCAAGAACAAGUUCAAGAAGACAAAGUUUAGCAACUUUUCCAAACUAUUGGUUAACGUAUUUAAGAUCAAGUAUAUCUUUUUUGAAAGUACACAAUCCGUGAAUUUGUUCAACUAUUCCAUAUCUGAAGGUGAUGAAAAAAUGAACUACCAGGCGGACGAUGAUGGAGGUGGAAUUAAUAAUGUGACUUCGCUGAAAGGACAUACGCAAGAAGUGUAUUCACCUCAUCCAAAUUGGACCAGUAUUGUAGACAGCAAUACCAUUCAUUUGAUGUACGGAUUGCCAAAAUCACUCUUGGAUUUGUUUCAUGAAACCAUCCAUCUUACGAACCAUAAGAACAUAUUCAGAAAAAGAAGAGUGUUUCCACGUAAUUUUCCCAAAAUAUGUGCUGACAUAGAAGACAGGAUCAUGAAUUGGAACGUUCUGCAGCUGUGGAAGCUUGAUAUUGAAAACAAUUCGUUGCACAAAUGUCUUCAUCUUAAUGUGGAGGCAAUGCACAAUGCGCUCUUGGUAUACUACUGUCGUUUAAUAAAGGAAACAACCCCAGCAAACACAAUCACAUGCAGAGAGUAUGCUACAAAGGCACUAGAUUACUUGCAACAAUUGAUCCAGUUCAACAACAAAAACGAAGAUGCAAGUUUCAGAAUACGGCCGCUGUUCUGGGUUCUACUUGUCUGUGGUUCUGAAAUCCACGAUAGCGCAAUUCAGAGAAAGUUAGAAGAAAUAUGGCAGCUUAGCCAACAGUAUAAACUACAGUACAACAACUACUGGCGUGGGAAACAAAUUUUGUACGAAACCUGGAAAAGGGGCAAUGUAGGUGAUUACAUCGGGUUCAUGGAUAUGGUACGUGAAUGGGAUGUAGUUCUUUGUCUUGGGUAG